GCCGCCGAGACGGGCACGGGCGGGCGCUGCUGCCUCCCUGCGUGGCUCGCUCUCCCGCCGGCUGCGGGGCCGGGCUCGCCCCGGCGCUCUCGGGAAGGAGAAAGCGGGGGCCGAGGACGCCAAGUUCCCUCAGCAGCGGCAGCAGCGGCGGAUCCCGGCCGCGGCGGAGGCUGCGUCUCGGACGGGACAGAAGCGCGCGCCGCGGCGGGAGGCGCCCGGGCCUUCCGCUCUCGGCGAGGCGGCGGGCCGGGACCCCCAUGAGACGCGCCCGCGAGGGGCGCGGGAUCCGAAGCCCGGGAGGCGCGCGGCGGAGGCGGAGGGCGGCGCUGCAGCUCCGGAGCUCCAGAGCUGCCGGCAGGCGGCGGCGGCGGCGGCAGCAGCGGCGGCGGCGAGAACUUGAACUUGGCGUCGGGAGCGGGCGCCCCGGACGCCCCUCGCUGGGGCUGGGGCGCCGAGGGACCUGGGCGGCAGCGCUGCCCCCCGAAUGGCCGCGGCGGCGGACCAGGCUCCCGCGCCGCGGCCCUAGGCGGCCUCUCGCCAUGGCCAAGUGGCUGAACAAGUACUUCAGCUUGGGCAACAGCAAGACCAAGAGCCCGCCGCAGCCGCCGCGGCCGGACUACCGCGAGCAGCGGCGCCGAGGCGAGCGGCCCUCGCAGCCCCCCCAGGCCGUGCCGCAGGCCGCCUCGGCCGCCUCAGCGUCCUGCGGUCCGGCCGCCGCCUCCUGCUUCUCGGCGUCGUCGGGCUCGCUGCCCGACGACAGCGGCAGCACGAGCGACCUUAUCCGCGCCUACCGCGCGCAGAAGGAGCGCGACUUCGAGGACCCCUACAACGGGCCGGGCUCGUCGCUGCGCAAACUGCGCGCCAUGUGCCGCCUGGACUACUGCGGCGGGGGCGGCGGCGGGGAGCCGGGCGGGGGCCAGCGCGCCUUCUCCGCCUCGUCCGCGUCGGGCGCCGCCGGCUGCUGCUGCGCCUCCUCGGGCGCCGGCGCCGCGGCGUCCUCGUCGUCGUCCUCGGGCUCCCCGCACCUCUACCGCAGCAGCAGCGAGCGGCGGCCCGCCACGCCGGCCGAGGUGCGCUACAUCUCCCCCAAGCACCGCCUCAUCAAAGUGGAGAGCGCCGCGGGCGGCGGCGGCGGCGGCGGCGGCGGCGCGGGGGACCCUGCGGGGGGCGCCUGCUCCGGCGGCCGCACCUGGAGCCCGACGGCCUGCGGAGGCAAGAAGCUGCUCAACAAGUGCGCCGCCGCGGCCGCCGAGGAGAGCGGGGCCGGCAAGAAGGACAAGGUGACCAUAGCUGAUGACUACUCGGAUCCUUUCGAUGCCAAGAAUGAUCUCAAGAACAAAGCAGGAAAGGGGGAGAGUGCCGGCUACAUGGAGCCCUACGAGGCCCAGAGGAUCAUGACAGAAUUCCAGAGGCAGGAAAGUGUCCGGUCCCAGCACAAAGGCAUCCAAUUAUACGACACCCCUUAUGAGCCCGAAGGCCAAAGCGGCGACUCCGACUCGGAGAGCACGGUGAGCCCCCGGCUGCGCGAGAGCAAGCUGCCCCAGGACGACGACAGGCCCGCCGACGAGUACGACCAGCCGUGGGAAUGGAACCGGGUCACCAUCCCGGCCCUGGCAGCCCAGUUUAACGGCGGUGAGAAGCGGCAGUCGUCCCCCUCGCCUUCCCGGGACCGGCGGCGUCAGCUUCGUGCUCCUGGUGGGGGCUUCAAGCCCAUCAAACACGGCAGCCCCGAGUUCUGCGGGAUCCUGGGAGAGAGAGUAGACCCCGCUGUGCCACUGGAGAAGCAAAUAUGGUAUCACGGAGCCAUCAGCAGAGGAGACGCCGAGAACCUGCUACGGCUCUGCAAGGAGUGCAGCUACCUUGUCCGGAACAGCCAGACCAGCAAGCACGACUACUCCCUGUCCCUGAAGAGCAACCAGGGUUUUAUGCACAUGAAACUGGCCAAAACCAAAGAGAAAUACGUCCUGGGGCAGAACAGCCCCCCAUUCGACAGUGUCCCGGAAGUCAUCCACUACUACACCACCAGGAAGCUGCCCAUCAAAGGCGCCGAGCACCUGUCCCUCCUGUACCCGGUGGCCGUGCGGACCCUGUGAGCAGACCAGCCCGGCUCUGAGCCAGCGGCCCGGCCGCCGUUGUCCUGUGCGUGUCGUGUGCACGGCACUAGCACACCACUGCGUGUCCCUCGAAUGCCCGAGAGGGCCUGGAUGAAGAUGAGGGACAGAAGCCACCCCGGCCCCCACCCAACCCCCUCCUUGAGUUUCUGUGAAUUAAAAUAUUUGCAAAUCCAAAGAGAUGCCUUCCAGGAUGAACAAAGGCAGAGCUGCCCGGAGGGGCGGGGCACGAGCUCCCGGGCGCAUCUCUUUGUUCACCAGCUGUCAGGGUUCACACCUGUGUGUGAGGCCAAGUUUUCCCACCGGUGCUAGGAGCCAAAUGCUGGCGCUCUGAGAGCCCAGGAGGCCCGGGGCUCCCGCCCCACCCUGGCGCGUGCGUGUGUGCUGUGUGUGUGUGUGCGCGUGCGUGUGAGAGAGCAUGGGCACACACGGAUGAGUGAAACCCACGGAUCCACUCGUAGUCACUCAGUGUAAUCAUUAGAUCGUCAAGCUAUUGUGUGCAGUCCAAAAGAGGCCUCAAUUAUUUAUGAAUAGGGUGUGUAAAUAAAAUAGUCAUUUAAUAUAUAUUCUUAAUCCCUUUUUUUAAUGUACCAGAGAGGGCCUCUUGCCUGCUGGGUUCAUUCCCAGAGCAAGGGCGGUCUGCUCUGUGCUUGCCGGUGUGAGCAGCCCCCAGGUGGGCAAGGAGGCAGGGGCCCACAGGACAGGUGCAGCAGCAUGGGGGUGGGGCAUUCCUUGGCCCCGCCCCCAAAGAGUCCUCGUGCAAUCCCUGCCCCCAGGCCUGCAUUGGUUGUGGCCAGCAUCCAGCAACCAGGGUUUGCCUGCAGCCAGUGAGUCUGCAGAGGGCUCUUCUCCCGUCAUCCCGCAGUUACACAGAGAGGGAAAGUAACUUGCCCGCAGUCACCCAGCUCAUGAGCAGCAGAGCAGGCUCCACGGCCAAUGCUCUUCCCCCGCCUCUACGUGGCCUGGCUGUCACCCUGCUUUGGGGUGGGGCAGGAGCAGGGCAGCAUCCCAGCCUUGCAGGGGACACGGAGCCUGAUCUGGUGUCCGCCUGCUUACACACAGAAAGGUGACCUUGACAGCACUAGGGGUUCUUCCCCGCCCACCUGGUACUGUGGAGGGGUGGCUGCCGCCCACUGAACCCAGAGCAAGGGCUCCAGCGUGGGCACAGGGCCAGCGCCGUCGCCCAGCACACAUCCUCCCACCCCCCUGCUGAUCCGCAUAGACUGGAGUCUGGGGGCCGACGUGGCGCACGCGGGAAGGGCCUCAGCUCGGACACGGCGGCCGUCUUCAGAGGUGAUUCCGGCUCGCUGCUGAGGUGCGGACACAGAGGCCCCGCAAAGGGGGAGAACUCGCCAAGGCUGCCCGUGGACUCGGGGCAGAGCAGGACUAAAAGCCGGGCCCACUGGGGGACAGUGUGGGUUUCCACGGUCUGUGGCCGAAGCCGUUUCCUGGGCGACUUGGCAUUCAUCCGCUCCUGUUUCCUGUGGCCUGAGGCUGUCUCCGGAGACGCUGACCUUGACCCUGUGCCUGUUUGCAUUUUUCCAAAGCAUCCUUCCGGUCAAGGGAGGGAGGAGUCUGGUUGUAGGGGGCGGUUUGCACCUGUCUAAUGGAGGAGGCCUGGAAAGUGCAGAGCUUGGCCACGCGGGGAGGGAGGGGGGCCGUGCCACGAGGCUUCACCCUGGCAGGUUCCUGAGGGCUGGAGCUGUGCGUGCAGCCGCUCUGCCCCUUGGAGGGAAUCCUGGGACCCUCUGCGCCCUCGGGGACCAGGCGGGCAGAGGAGCCAGCUUACAGGAUGGGAGCUGCCCAAAGGCAUUUUCCCUUCGUUCCACGAACCUCUCCCUCUUCUUCCUCUGAUUGUGGCUGCUUCCUGUGAGCGUGUGUGCGUGUUUUCUUGGACAAGCCAACAAUCGAAACAGCUUUGGCCUCUCAGAGGCACGCUCACUCGGGUUACUGCCCUGGGCUGGGGGUUCUGUGGCCUUUUUAUCUAUUUGUCAUCUGCGGCCAGUGCCCUGGGGGAAGCAGCUGCCCGGCACCCCGGAGCCCCCGCAGCACUGCUGUCACCCUGCACGGCUCCAGCCACGCCUGGACUCCCUGCCCAGGGCCCCAGAGCUGUGUCUGUCUCUGCCACACUGCUUUGCUCACCGCAGCGCCCACCUGGGAGUCCAGAGCCCUCUCUGCGGCCUCACGUGGCGUCUGCAGACCGAAGGCGGCUUUGUGUGGGAGAGGAGCUCUCCUGGAGAGGUUCCCAGAACAGCCCGGGAAAAACAAGAGGAGGCUCGGGCCUCCAGGAAGGCCAGAGCUGCACAGACCCCUGAUGCGGCUUCCAGCCAGCAGGUGGAGGGAGCCCCGGCAGCCUCGGCGGCAAACCCAGCGCCAGGGUUCCAAACGCCAAGUCCUACAAAGCUCCCCAGGCCAGACCUCAGGAAGCAGCCGAAGCAGGGGCCGGGCUGGGUCAGGCCACCGUCCAGCAAAUUGCCACAUCUGUCUUUUCCACCUGCCAGAGCCACCCCAGGGACCCCCGGCCUCCCCGCCCCCCUCGGCGAGGCCCCUUCCAGCCCCCUCCUGCUGAGACAGCGUCAAUGUCAGCUUCCAGUUGUGUGUGCCCCUGUGUGUGAUGACGGAUACUUAAUGUGCAGCUUGUAAUACACACGUGUCUU